AUGGAUUUCUGGCCUGAGUUUAUGGCGAGCAGCUGGGGAAGGGAGUUCGUGGCCGGUGGAUUCGGAGGCGUCGCUGGGAUUAUCUCUGGUUAUCCUUUGGACACGCUCAGGAUUCGGCUGCAACAGAGUUCGAAAUCGGGAUCUGCCUUCACCAUUCUCCGCCGUAUGCUCGCCGUCGAAGGCCCCACGUCGCUCUACAGAGGCAUGGCUGCACCCUUAGCCUCCGUCACUUUUCAGAAUGCUAUGGUGUUCCAGAUAUAUGCCAUUCUCUCUCGCUCCUUUGAUUCCUCUGUUCCUCUCCAAGACCCUCCUUCCUACAGAGGCGUUGCUCUCGGUGGGGUUGGCACUGGGGCUUUGCAGAGCCUCAUGCUUAGCCCCGUUGAGCUCAUCAAGAUUCGUCUUCAGUUGCAGCAGAGCAAGAGUGGUCCCAUUUGCUUGGCUAAGACCAUCCUCAGGACACAAGGCCUCAGGGGGAUUUACAAAGGCCUCACCAUAACUGUGCUGAGAGAUGCUCCAGCUCACGGCCUCUACUUUUGGACAUACGAGUACGUUAGAGAAAUGCUCCAUCCCGGGUGCAGAAAGAGCGGAGAAGAAAGGCUCAGGACCAUGUUGGUGGCAGGUGGGCUUGCUGGUGUGGCCAGCUGGGUCGCUUGUUAUCCUCUUGAUGUCGUCAAGACCAGACUGCAACAAGAUCAUGGGGCUUACGAGGGCAUUGCUGAUUGUUUUCGCAAAAGCGUCACACAGGAGGGAUAUGGGGUUCUUUGGCGUGGCCUCGGGACUGCAGUUGCCAGGGCCUUUGUGGUCAAUGGCGCUAUUUUCGCUGCUUAUGAGGUUGCUUUGAGGUGUUUAUUCACUCAAUUGCCAUCCACUGAUGUUGUCACAGGAGAGUGA